AUGAAUGGUAUGGUUGAUGAUACCAAAACAACAAUAGAAGAUGAAAUUAUAGACCAAGGUGAAUUUAAACAAACAAAUAAUAAAAAAUAUUGGUAUAAAAUUGAUAUUUCACAAGGUUUAUUAUCGUGGUAUGAGGAUGAAAAGGAUGAAUCAGCAACAUCAUUUAUUUUAAUUCAUCAAAUAACAUUUAUCGAAUCAUUAAUUGUAAACAACAAGUUCAUAGGAAAGGUUUAUUUAAAUGAUUGUCAGGAUAAUAUAGAACUUAAUGAUACCGAUGGAAAUCAACAUGAAAAGGAUACUGAUGAAAUUAUACAUUUUUACUUUAAAACUAUGGAAGAAAGAGAUAGAUUUGUUCAGUCAUUACAAAAAUGCAAAUCAUUUACUGUUGAAAUUAAUAGUGAAAAUGUUACAAAUAUCCAACAAAAAAAGAUUUUAUCCGAACAACAACAAAAGCAACAAUCAAAUAAACCUAAAAGUUUUAUUGGCACAAAAAGGGAAUCAAAAAAAUUUUCUCAAGUUAAAUACCCUUCUGAGAGAUCUGUAAAUCAAAGUUUUUUAAUGGGAUCAUUUAAAACAGUCAACAAGCCAAUUAAUGAUAAUUUAGAAAAUCAAUUAAACAAUGAUAUUGAAAAUGAACAACAACAAGAGCAAGAACAAAAGCAAGAAAAAGAGAAAGAAAAAGAGCAAGAAAAAGAGCAAGAAAAAGAGCAAAAAAAAGAGCAAGAAAUUUUACCAACUCAACUCAAAGAUAGUUUAGUCUUAACUAAGGAAAAAGAAAAUGAAGAAGAUGAAGAAAAGAAACAAGAGGAUCAAGUUAAAAGAGAAAUUAUUUAUGAAGAUGGGGAGGAAGAGGAUUCAAUCGAGUCAAUGAGUAGAUUACAAGAAGAAAUUAAUAAACAAAAAGAAAUAAAAUCAAACUCACCAAAUCUUAAUAAUAUUAAUAAUAACAAUAAUAGUAAUAAUAAACAUGUUACAUUUGAGGAUGAAGUCUCUGCAACUAAAAAUAAUGUCCAAUCAUUAAAAGUUAUAAACUAUAGAGAAUCUUCUGAAGGAGACAAAGAACCUAUUGUAGUUAAAAGACCAAUUGGCCAAUUUAGAAAUCCAAACUCACCUCCUCUUUCAAGUGUAAAAAAUACCACUACCACUACCACUACAACCACCACUACAACUACUAGUCCAACAACAACCAGAAGAGUAUUUGACGGAAGUAGUAAUAGUAUUCAAUUAAACGAAUCAAAUCUAUUCAAUAGCGGCCCAAAUGUUAGAAUUUCAAAUUCAAAAAUUCAAAAUCAAGGUUUAAUAAUUGAUCCAAAUAACUAUUUUAUAAUUCAAAAUACAACCCAAUUAAGAAAUAUAAUAGGUAAAUCAUUAAGUGGUGAUAAUUCGUUCUCUGGUGUAAUUAUUGGCAAAUUUAAAAUUGAUUGGAAACAUUCACAACAAAUUUGGGCAAUAAAUUUAGAUUAUAAUCAACAACAGCAACAACAAACAAACUUAAAUUUAAAUAGCAGCGGUAAUAGUAUUGGUGACAGUGGCAGCGAUUCUAGUAAUGGUGAAAUUGAAAUUGGACCAGCAACUCCACCAAAAGAAGAGUUAUUAAAAAGAUUACAAAGGAAAAAAGAAAAAGCACUUGAAGAAAAUGAUACCAUUUUAGCAAACCUUUUAGCUCAAAGACAAAUUGAAUUGGAAAAAUCUCAAGAUGAAACCUUUAUUAUGAAGGGAGGUAUAGUAUUGGGUUUUAGAAAUGAAAAAUGGGAGUUACUUGAAGCACCAAUCCCAAAGAAGCUCACACCAUAUCAUCAAGAUAACAAGGUUUUAGAGGACCCAAAUACCUCUCCAUCAUUAAAUAGUAGUGCAACUGGUAUUAUCUCAAACAUAACCUCAUCAUCAAUUGUUCAAACAGCACAAUCAAUGACAACCUCAGUAUUUAACGAAAUUACCAAAGUUAUUGAUAAUAUUAAUCAAGUUGUUGAGCCAACCAUUUCAAGUAUUGAAUCAACUUUACUAAAUAAUAAUAAAUUAAAUCAACAACAGCAACAACAACCAAAACAACAAUCUCAACAAUUACAACAAAAAAUUUCAAUAAACCAAAUACCAAUUGAGGAAUUAAAUUUAUCAUUAAAUCAAUUACAAGAAAUUUAUAUAAAACCUUUAAAGAAAGCUGUCACAGAUAUUUCUGUUUAUUUUGGUCAUAAUAAUACUCAAUUGGAACAAUAUUCAUUAGGUGAUGAUAGUGUUAAUAAAAAGAUUGCAAUUUUAGUUAGGGGCAGAUUAGCAACAGCUGUAGCCAAUAUAAUAUCACAUGGUUUCAUUGUUAAUGGUGGUUAUUUAUUUAGAGGAAAGCGUCAUCUUUGGGAAUUUAUUGAAAAUUAUCGUAAAACCACAAUUCAUAACUCUAUUGCAGGUAUUUCACUUAUCCAAACAAUUAAUAGUAUUAAUUCAUUCGAAUCAUUGUCACCAGAUUGGAAGGACCCAAAUGUUAAGUUUAGAACAUUGGUUUGCACAGGUUUAAAUCAACAUCUCUUGGACCAAUGGUUUGCUCUUUUACAAACGGAUACAAAUGGCAUAUCUUACUAUUAUCAGCCAAAUGCAAUUAUCAACUCUCGUGACUAUUGGAGAAUAUUCUGCCAAUGUUUUUCGCCAAUCUUAAAUUUACCAUUUAAACUAUCAUUAGAUUAUGAAUGUAAAUUUAUAAACUCCCCAACUCAACUACCAAACAAUAUAAAUAAUUCACCAAGUUUAAAUAAUAGUAAUAAUCACCUUAAUAAUAAUAAUAAUAAUAAUAAUGUAUCAUCAUCACCAAUGUUUUUAUCAACACCAAAAGUAGAAAACAUUAAAAAUUCAAUUAGUAAUUUUUCAAAUUCCAUAUAUGACAAUACGCAAAAUAUCUUUACUGAAAUUUCAGAAAAUCAAACAAUAAGUAAUUUAACCGAGUCAAUUCAAACAAACUUUACAAAUUUAACAAACUCUAUUUUCCAACAAUCUCCAAUAAUUCAAACCACACCAAAAUCAAGAUUAAGCGAAUUACAACAAAAUAGUAAUAACAACAAUAAUAAUAUUAAUGAUAAUAAUAAUUUGAAAUCGCCAAGUUUAAAUAGUAUUAACACAGAAUCACCAAAAAGAGUAACUUUUAAAGAAAAUAAUAUAAACUCUCCAAUAAGUAAUAGUAGUAAUGCUGGUAGUAUCAGAAGCAGUUCUGAAGAAAAUGAAGGAAUCGUAAAUAAAAUCUCAUCAUCAAUUCAUCAAUUUUUUGAUGGUUAUUAA